AAGACGGACCGACCUUUCGAACAACAGCAACCAACCCUCUCAGCUUCAGCUUGCUCCUGACUGUGAUCAAACGACGGAAGCUGCCGAAGAAAGAAACCUAGAGAAGCAGUGCUAGACAAAUUAGAAACAGUCGUGUGAAGAACUUCGCCGGACUACGUGGAUUUGAGUUUAUCCCACUACCGGCUGGGUAGACAAGUGGCACAAUGUCGUACUCCUACUUGUUCAAGUAUAUUAUCAUCGGUGACACAGGUGUUGGCAAGUCCUGCCUGCUGCUGCAGUUCACGGAUAAGCGGUUCCAACCAGUGCAUGACUUGACCAUUGGUGUGGAGUUUGGUGCUCGUAUGAUUACUAUUGAUAAUAAACAAAUCAAACUUCAAAUUUGGGAUACAGCUGGUCAGGAAUCAUUCAGAUCGAUCACACGUUCUUACUACAGAGGAGCUGCCGGAGCAUUACUGGUGUAUGACAUCACACGGAGAGACACAUUCAACCACCUGACAACGUGGCUCGAGGAUGCACGUCAGCACUCUUCUUCAAACAUGGUUAUCAUGCUGAUCGGAAACAAGAGUGAUUUGGAAGCCCGCAGAGAAGUGAAGAAGGAGGAAGGUGAAGCUUUUGCCGCAGAGCAUGGCCUUGUAUUCAUGGAGACAUCUGCAAAAACAGCUGCUAACGUAGAAGAGGCAUUCAUUGACACAGCUAAGGUGAUAUACGAGAAAAUCAAGGAGGGAGUAUUUGAUGUUAACAACGAGGCGAAUGGCAUCAAACUUGGACCCCAGCACACACCUGCCAGCCAGGGUGGUGGACAGGCUGCCGGUGGCGGUGCCAAUGCUGGUGGUGGUGGAUGUUGCUAGUUAAGGCGCUGCGGGUACAACAGGCCUAUCCACCGCUGCUGGGUGCUUUCUCUCAGGCUACUGACACACCUCCAGGAGUGCCGCGCUUCUGUGCUGCACUCGUCCAUUCUGUGUUCGACUUGCACCACGGGGAGACUAUGUGGGCCUACGCCUUGAUGCCCCUACACUCCUUACUAGUCCUGCUGCUGCUUGUCGAUGCCUUGGUUUUGUGGUGUGUCCCUUUUAUGUGGCUUCUUUCUCCUCCUCCUUCUCCUCCCCCCCCCCCCUCUCUCUCUCGUUCUCUCUCUCGCUCUCUCUCUCUCUCUCUCCUUCACACUUCCGCAUGCCCCCCCCCCCCACACACGCACUAGCACAUGCGUGGUAAUUGAAAACAUGUGCACACUUAUCUCUAAUCUCUUUUACUUUUUUUGGACCCGCAGUUUUUGUAUAUUCUGCCUGGUGCAUUCCUGGCUGUUUUCCGUCGUCCCAUCGUGCUCAUCUUUUACUUCUGUUGUUAUUCACGUUGUUUAUGCAUACCAAGACAACAGCACUCACUAGAAGUCUACUCACAGACAGACUGAUGAUACCCCGGCUGGGAGGACAGCUGCACAUGGAAUAAUUACGAUAUCUAAGAGUUUCCUAGAACUUAUCAUUUACUCAUCAUGAAUAUUUUUCUUCUCCCGUCCGUGUUUGUUUCAUUAUUAUUCGCUGCUAUCGCCGGUAUGGGUGGCGAGAUUGUGGAAUGCCCACAUCCACCGGCCGUUGCCAUUGCUUCGUGCCCUGCUGUAAAUACAAGUGAUUUGAUUUUUA